UAGUGGUACACAUAUAAAUUUCGUACGGGAAGGCUGUAUCGCUGAGUGUUCUCCAUCUGCAUUCAACAUAAAAGCGAGUGGUUAAACUUUUUCUUCCGACGGAGCUUUUCUUGCAUUGCAUUUCGAAUUUUAUAAAUUAAAAAAUUUUUAUUAUUCUUUUAGUACUUGUUUCUUUUUUUUACUUCAGUGAUUUGAAAAUUACAAGUUUUAAUUUUACGCCAGCGCCUUAAGAUUAUUUUAUAAGAAUUGAAAGUAAAAUUUACUCUGAUGGUAAAUAUGACUUUGUAUAAGUAGUUCUAUAUUGUUAAGACUAAACCUUUCAAUAAGAAUUAUAAACAUAAACAAUUUCAAUCAAUUUAAUAUAAAUAUAAAUUUUUAUCAUUGCGAAAUAUUUAAGAAAGAAACUGCUGAACGAAUGUAAAAAUAUUAAAAAUGUGUCGUUGUUGCCAAAGUUGCUUAGAAGAUCUGUAUUGGAACUGUAUUGAGGAGAAAUUUUGUUUUGAUAAAUCAAUUGCUGAAUACAACCCCGACGAGGAUGAAUUCGUUACUAAAAACAACAUUAAAAUUAUAGCCAAUGGACAGGAUAAUAAUAAUAAAAGUCCAAUACGUUCUCAACCAAUGAAACGAAACGAGUCUACAAGUUUUAGCAAUGCAAAAAUUCAUGAAGAAGAUGUACGACGCGAAAUUCAAACUAGUGUACCAAUUUUGGCACCUGAAAUUUUAGCAGUAUUUAAUAAUUCACAAAUUUUUCAAGAAUCCCAAAAACUAUCUAGAACAAAUACAAAAUCUGGUAUUACACCUAUUCAUACACCUACAUCAACUAGGAAUAAAUAUAUGGCUAGCGAACAAAAAAAAUUAAUUUUUCAUUUAGAAGGGAAUGCCAUUGAAAUAACAAGGGACAGUACAAAAUCUGUGUCAACAAUAACCGAUAACCAAAUUAAUGAAACUGCAGUUAAUACAACAAGAGAUAAGAAAAUUAAAUUUACUAUAGCGGAUAAUUCACCGCUUGAACUAGUUGCUAAAUCACCAAAUGCUUAUUGUCCUAUUAUACCAGAAAAUGAUGAAGAUGAAAUCGAUGAUGCAACUAUUAGUGAGAUAGUUUUGAAUAAUACAAAAUUAUGUCCAAAUAUAAAUUCACAUAAUCAAAGUAAAAAUGAAUCUAAUAAAAGUUCAAUUGAAACUAUAGAGGCAAGUGUAGAUGGUAGUGAAAGUAAUAUAAACGAUGAGGUUAUAUUGCGUCCAAAGUUUAUAGAUGAUAUUAGUUUUGCAAAUGAAAAGAGUUUAUUUGAUCAUAAACCGUUAAGAAAUGUUUAUAGUAUGCCAUAUGUGAAAACACCAGCAGUUAGAACAGUUUCAAGUGAAACGGAUAUAUUUUCCAUAACAGCUUCGGGAUUAUAUGGCCAAUUGAGCAUGACACCAGAAGUGCCAUCAAUUUCUUUUGCACAUUUACCUAAAAAUUAUGAAGAUACACCUACAGUUGAAAAAUAUAAGGAAACAAUAACUUUAUACAAGUUACAAACAGCUAACAAAGAAAGAGCUGAUAGCCAAAUUGUUGAUUAUUCAAUGCCAAGAUAUUUUAAGAAAACAUUGGCUCACAGUAACCAAAACUUGGAGGAUUAUGCAGGCGAUUUGAAAAGCACGCAUAGUAAGGGUGGUUCAAAAGAAAACGUAAAUAUUCACAAUAGUAAUAAAAAGUUAGAAAGAAGUAAGAGGCUGAAACAACUCAGAGGUAAUUUACCACCUUUAAUAAUUGUACAUCGACAUCAUCAGAAAAAAGAAGAUAUUAAAAAUACGCAUUAAAAUAAUAGAGGAAAACGAAAACUAUUAGAAUGUAUACAAAUUAUUUCCAAUUUGAUAUUAUAAUUUUUUUGAGCAUGUGACAAACUUCCAUCAUAAUUCAUUCAAAAAGAUACAUAUGUACAUACAUAUAUUCAGUUAUACCUAAGUA